UUUCCCCCCUUUUGCAAUCACAUGGCAUUUUAAGAAUGCCGGAAAGAUGGCGGUAGCGGCGGCAGCGGCGGCCGGGCCGGCCGGCGGGGGAGGCGGCCGAGCGCAGCGGAGCGGGCUGCUGGAAGUUUUGGUGCGGGAUCGCUGGCACAAAGUUCUGGUGAACUUGAGCGAGGACGCCCUGGUUCUGAGCUGCGAGGAGGGCGCUGCGGCGUACAACGGCAUCGGGACCGCCACCAAUGGCUCGUUCUGCAGGGGCGCCGGCGCGGGGCACCCGGGCGCGGGCGGCGCGCAGCCCCCGGACUCGCCCGCCGGGGUCCGCACCGCCUUCACCGACCUGCCCGAGCAGGUGCCCGAAUCCAUCUCGAACCAGAAGCGCGGCGUGAAGGUGCUGAAGCAGGAGCUGGGCGGGCUGGGCAUCAGCAUCAAGGGGGGCAAGGAGAACAAGAUGCCCAUCCUCAUCAGCAAGAUCUUCAAGGGGCUGGCGGCGGACCAAACACAAGCCCUGUACGUAGGGGACGCCAUCCUGUCCGUAAACGGGGCCGACCUGCGGGACGCCACCCACGACGAGGCGGUGCAGGCGCUGAAGCGCGCUGGCAAGGAAGUGCUGCUGGAAGUGAAGUAUAUGCGGGAAGCCACACCCUACGUGAAGAAAGGCUCCCCAGUAUCCGAGAUCGGGUGGGAAACGCCUCCGCCAGAAUCCCCUCGGUUAGGCGGCGGGUCCUCAGAUCCUCUGUCAUCGCAGUCCUUCUCCUUCCAUAGAGACCGGAAAAGCAUCCCUCUCAAGAUGUGCUUCGUCACUCGGAGCAUGGCCUUGGCUGACCCUGAGAACAGGCAGCUUGAAAUCCACUCUCCAGAUGCUAAGCACACGGUGAUCCUGAGAAGCAAGGACUCAGCCACUGCCCAGGCCUGGUUCACUGCCAUCCAUGGCAACGUCAGUGACCUGCUCACCCGAGUGAUCACCGAGGUCCGAGAGCAGCUGGGGAAGACGGGCAUUGCUGGGAGCCGGGAGAUCAGGCAUCUUGGCUGGCUUGCAGAAAAGGUGCCCGGGGACAGCGAGAAACAGUGGAAGCCAGCCCUGGUUGUGCUGACUGAGAAGGACCUUCUCAUUUAUGACAACAUGCCACGGAGGAAGGAAGCCUGGUUCAGCCCAGUUCACACGUACCCUCUUCUUGCCACCAGGCUGGUCCAUUCAGGUCCAGGGAAAGGAUCACCCCAGGCUGGUGUAGAUCUGUCCUUUGCAACACGAACUGGUACCAGGCAGGGUAUUGAAACGCAUCUCUUCAGGGCUGAGAUCAGCAGGGACCUCUCACAUUGGACAAGGAGCAUAGUACAGGGGUGCCAUAACUCAGCUGAACUCACUAUUGAAGUCACCACAGCUUGCACCUAUAAAAACCAGGAGUGCCGGUUGACCGUACAUUAUGAGAAUGGAUUUUCUAUUACCACUGAACCACAGGAGGGUGUCUUUCCCAAGACAAUCAUACAGGCUCCUUAUGAAAAGCUGAAAAUGUCUUCAGAUGAUGGAAUCAGGAUGCUGUAUUUAGAUUUUGGAGGCAAAGAUGGAGAGCUUCAACUGGACCUUCAUUCCUGCCCCAAGCCGAUUGUUUUCAUCAUUCAUUCCUUCCUGUCAGCUAAGAUUACAAGGCUGGGGUUGGUGGCCUGAACAGAGGAGCGAAUUGCCUUUGAGAAAAGGAGGGCUGCGAUGCCACCGAAAAGUGUCAUAUCAGACACCAUUUGCAGUGAUGCACCAGAUGUAGCAUGCCACUGUCAGCUUUAGAUCCCAAGAGUCCUGUGUAACAGUCCCAGACUCCUCUGUCAAUUUCAGCAACUAUAAAGGGUACCUUCAGAAAAAUUCCACAAGGACUAUCAGAAUGAAACUGUUUUUUUAGAACAGUAAAAGGGUAAAGAGGUGAGGCUGAUUGGAAAUACACAGCAUAGCUUUUAAAUAAUGACAAUCAAGGACAUGAACAUUAGAACAGCAUGUGCAGAUCUUAAUCAUACCAGUUUCUAGGCAACUGGUUCACCCAGGUAAGCAAGGGCUGUAUAGAUGAGAAAUGGACAUUUUUCACCUCUCCCCUCCCCACCCCAGUAAUAAGGACCCCUUGUUUUAUUGUGCUUUAUUUCCUAUUUCUAAUUGAGUUGACUUUCGCUGGUAAGGAAAGAAAAGUACUUCAAAUGGAAACCCACCUUUUAUUUAAGUGUGAAACAGCUGUUACUUUUUCUUAAUGAAUUAUCUUUCAGUGAUAUAGAAUGAUUCUGAAGUGUUCUUAUUAGCAUAUGAUGAGUGGGAAUUAAAUAAAGCAUCAGAUACUGAUCUGAGCUCUAAGCUGGUGGAUUCUGAGCCAAAGUAGACUGCUUAAAUUGCAAAGCUUUGCUGAAGAGUGGUGUGCGUGAAAGAUGAUUAAUUCUGGGACUACACUCAUACCCAAAGUCUGCUAUCUUAGAGCCAUGACUUAUAGCUUUAUUUAUAAAAGCAAAUUAUGGAUUUUUUUAAAAGAUUGUCAAUGGAUAUAUAUAUAUAUAAAAAAUAAUUCAUGCGGAGUUAACUAAUUUUCCCCAUUUUGUGGUUUUCAGUGGAAGUACUCAGCAAUUUAUUGGCCCUUGUUUCUGCCUGUGCUUGUAUGCAUGCAUUUUCAAGCAAGUAAUAGAGCAGCCUUAUAUGAUUCUGGUUAAUGCUGGGUUUUACAUAGAGAGCCAAUGUUAUAAUCAGACCCAUCAAACCCAUCAACAGCUCUUUUGGAAUUCCAGGGAAAUAAUAUAAUGACCUGAUAUUUUUCUACAAGAAUAUUUUCAGACAUCGUAUAGCAUAUUACUGAUUUAACACUUUUGCUUUUAUCUUUCAAAACAAAUUCACUGAAAACACACCUAUUAUUUGAUUUUAAAGUCACUUUUCUCAAAUCUUGAAAAUUAGCUCUAGAAUUUCUGUAUUUGUAACUGUUCUCUCCCCUAUAGUUUUACAUAGACAAAUGUUUCAGGUUAGGUUUGUGUGUUAUUUUUCAGAACCGUAUUUUAGCAAAUACCUAUGCAAAGAGCUUUAAAAAGUAAAACUGUUUUAAAAGAAUGUGAUUUUGUUCACUCAGAUACAUGUGUUUCUUGAGUUUUACUUUAGAUCAGCAUUUUAUUUUAGAUCAGUGUUUCCCCAAAGUAAUACAGGUAACAUGUAAUACAAGUUCCAAGGGGCAUUGAUUGACUGGUGUUUUGUCAGGGGGCAAUUAAAGGGAUUGGUCAUCAAAAAUGUUUGUUCAGGGCUUCCCUGGUGGCACAGCGGUUGAGAGUCCGCCUGCCGAUGCAGGGGAUACGGGUUCAUGCCCCGGUCUGGGAAGAUCCCACAUGUCGCGGAGCGGCUGGGCCCGUGAGCCAUGGCCGCUGAGCCUGCGCGUCCGGAGCCUGUUGCUCCGCAAUGGGAGAGGCCACAACAGUGAGAGGCCCGCGUACCGCAAAAAAAAAAAAAAAAGUUU